AUGGGUGUUUCAUCUUUCUUGGCUGCUUUACUCUUCCUUACAUGCUUUGUUAACUUGUACCUUGGAGUGGCUCUAGCAAAACGCAGUGGUACCGGCGUUACACGACACUACAAGUUUAACAUUCGAAUGCGAAACGUGACAAGAUUGUGCGAGACAAAGAGUAUAUUAACCGUCAACGGGAAAUUCCCGGGGCCUCGGAUUAUUGCUAGGGAAGGAGACCGUGUGGUCGUGAAAGUGGUUAAUCACGUUUCAAAUAAUAUCACCAUCCAUUGGCAUGGAAUUCGGCAACUUCGAAGUGGAUGGGCCGAUGGGCCGGCGUACAUCACGCAAUGCCCCAUUCAAACGGGUCAAUCAUACGUUUACAACUUCACCAUCACGGGCCAGAUUGGAACGUUAUGGUACCAUGCCCAUGUUUCGUGGAUUAGGGUAACGCUAUACGGCCCGAUAAUUAUUCUCCCUAAACGUAACGCCUCGUAUCCGUUUGUCAAACCUUACAAGGAAGUCCCGAUCAUUUUUGGAGAGUGGUGGAAGGCCGAUCCGGAGGCUGUGAUCAACCAGGCCCUUCAAACAGGGGCCGGCCCCAACAAUUCAGAUACUUUCACCAUUAAUGGACUCCCUGGUCCAUCAAUAAACUGUUCAUCAAAGGAAACGUAUAGGCUUAGGGUGAAGCCGAAUAAGACGUAUCUUCUUCGUUUCAUCAACGCUGCACUCAACGACGAGCUUUUCUUCAGAGUUGCAAACCAUACGUUUACGGUCGUUGAUGUCGAUGCAAAUUACGUGAAGCCAUUCCGGACCGAUACGAUAUUCGUUGGACCGGGGCAAACUACUAAUGUUCUUUUCAAAACCAAAAGCCUCUUCUCCAAUGACAAGUUCUUGAUGGCCGCCAGACCGUAUUCCACGGCGGCCGCCGGCACGUUUGACAACAGCACUGUGAUCGGAGUUCUUGAAUAUGAUGGUAAUACGUCAUCCAGUUCUUCCAAUAUUAAAGCUCUUCCUCUUCCAUCACUUCCGGCAAUCAACGCCACUGCUUAUGUCGCCAACUGGACGAGCAGCCUCCGUAGUUUGGGUAACUCUCAGUUUCCGGUGAAUGUUCCGCGGACUAUCCAACGGCGGUUUUUCUUCGCCGUCGGCCUGGGGACCAGCCCAUGUCCGGUAAACCAGACAUGUCAAGGACCUAUUAAUGGCACCAAAUUUAAGGCCGGCGUGAACAAUGUUUCCUUCACGAUGCCAACAACCGCACUCCUCCAGGCCCACUUUUUCCGGCGAUCAAAUGGAGUUUACACCACGGAUUUCCCGACUACCCCUCUGAAUCAAUACAAUUACACGGGCACCACUCCAAACAACACGAUGGUGACUAACGCCACCAAAGUGGUGGUUCUGGCGUUCAAUACAACCGUGGAGCUAGUGUUGCAAGGAACCAGCACUCUUGGAGCUGAAAACCAUCCUCUACAUCUUCAUGGAUUCGACUUCUUCGUCGUCGGCCAAGGCUCCGGGAACUUCAACUCGACAGCAGACCCACCAAAGUUCAACCUCGUUGACCCCGUUCAAAGAAACACCGUCGGCGUUCCCUCCGGUGGAUGGGUAGCAAUCCGGUUUCAAGCCGACAACCCAGGUGUGUGGUUCAUGCAUUGCCAUAUUGAGAUACACUUGACGUGGGGAUUGAGAAUGGCGUGGGUGGUUAUGGACGGGAAGCUUGCAAAUCAGAAGCUGCCUCCUCCACCGGCUGAUCUUCCAAAAUGUUGACUUUGACUCCGGCAAUAAAUCAUUAUGAAAUAAUUGUUUUAU